GUGUACUUAUUAUUUAUUAAUACCUCAUAUUUACGAGAGCUCUCUUUUUUUUUUUAAAUAUCUUAUGCUCGUGUUUGUUUUUCAGUGGAGCACGUAAAACACGAUUGCGACGCUCAAGUUCACGACUGCUACGUUGCUAUGGAAGUACUUUGUGAGGUUCUAAAGUCCGAGCAGCCAUUAAUCGUUUAUUUCCCGGAUUAUUUUAUGUGGUUGCCGAGGACUUAUGUAUGGGAAACACGCGAAAAGUUUAUUUCCAAGGUUAAAGAUAUGUUUGGCCAAUUAAACGGACGUGUCGUUUUGAUUUGCGGAGAAGACAAGUGGGAUGGCAUUAGAAGAGAAUCGAAACAACUCAAUGCUUCGCUAAAGCGACUUAUUGGCGAGUUAAAAGCGACUAGGCGAUCAAUUGGCUACGACGCAUACAAGCUAUUCAAUAAUAUUGUGUAUAUGGGAAAACCAGAGGUGCGAUCCUUAUAAGAAAUUUAAUUUUAAUUUCCUUUGAUGAAUAUUCUGGAAUUUGUCCUAACUCCGUACUGCAGGAACAAGAUCUCCUGGACACAUUCUUCGAACAAAUCGAGAAAGAUUGGAGAACCGUGAUAUCUACAAAGAACUUGAGUGAAAUGCACAAGGUACAUAUAGUACUAUUUUGUUCAAGU